AUUUUACUGACAUCUUCGUGGUAAUACUGUGUCACUAAACUGACAAAUUUACUCGUAAAAUCAUGUAAAUCGAACAAAUAACGUAAAAACGAUGUGGUUUUUAGCAUAUAUCAGUUAUUUAGCAAUAAUAGUACAAUUAGUUUUCGUAACGAUCGCAAUCGCUGCAGGUCUUUAUUACUUAGCCGAACUAGUCGAAGAGUAUUCAACAAUAGCGAAAAAAUGCAUCUGGUGGGCCAAUACGGUGAUAACCGUGCUCUACGUGUGUUUGUGGCUAUUUGAGGGAUUCCCCACAUACAUGAUUGUGUGUGGGGUUUUGGCCCAAGUGGCUCAUUUCUGCAUUUUGAGGCACUUCCCUUGCGUCUCUCUCACCUCACCGGAAUUUAUUUCCGCCGUCAUUUUGCUACUUUUGAACCAUUAUUUCGCUUUUACGUAUUUUGCCGUCGUACAUUACGUAUUUUCAGAGGUCAUGGCGUAUUUUGUGCUGUGGUUAUGGCUAGUUCCGUUUGCAUUAUUCGUGUCUUUAUCAGCAAAUGACAGUGUUUUGCCUACGAUAAGUGAACAGAAAGUUUCAGAUAGUGACGUCGUUUCCAAUUAUUUUUCCAAAAAACGAAAAUACGGUUUGCUCACUUUUUUCAAUUAUGCAAAGGAGUCGUUGCUUCCAAUGAGGACGAAAAAAAUAUUCUAGUGACUGACUUAUUAUGAAUUAAAUUAUUUAUUGUA